UAAAAGGAGUACAAAGGGAGGCUCUGCAGGGCUCGCGCGGAGAGAAGAAAAAGGGAAAAAAUGCGCGACGUAUUGCGUAAUAUUUAAUAACAUUCGGCCGCGCUUACGUCGCGAAACGAGCCGCCGAUGAUUGCCGGCAAUCUGGGAAUUGAUACUUGGCUAUGCAGAUGCUGGAGAUUCGCAAAUUACGGCUCUUUUAAUUGAAACUUGUCAACAAAACUCAACUAGCCUUGCACAAUGUUGCUCUGACUCGUCGCAUAUAAGACGCAUUUCCGCGAGUUAUUGGAUGUAAUCGGCCAUCAUGAAGAACCUUGCACUGCUUCUGCUGACUCUGUGCGUCGUCUCCUGCCUACUCAUCAAUGGAGCGCGAGCCGGAGUAUCCCGAGAGCAGAUGGAAAAAAUGGCCAACGGCUUUCGAAACACCUGCGUCGGAAAGACCGGAGCCGAUAUGUCGCUCGUCGAGGGAAUAAGGGUCGGCAAUUUCGUCGAAGAUCCAACCUCCAUGUGCUACACCAAGUGCAUCAUGGGCCUCAUGAAAACGUUCACGAAGCAAGGCAACAUCGACGUCGAGAUGCUGGUCAAACAGAUCAAUGUCAUGGCCUCGCCGGACAUAGCCGGGAGCAUGGUCACCAACGCGAGGAAAUGUCACGCCGAAACGUCAGCCAGUGAUCCCUGCGAACUCGCCUGGCUCUUCACCAAGUGCAUCUACGCUGCUGAUCCAGCGGUCUACUUCUUCCCGUGAACAACGUAUUGUAUAUAGAACUAUAAGGAAAAUUUCGAUGUUUUUUUUUUUAUUAUCACGAAAAAUGUAUAAGUAAUAAAAAAUCGCCGCGGCGUUCUUGUCGCGCGAAGUAGCUCAUUA